AAUAUUGUCUGUCAAACAAUUGUCAAAAAAGUUCAAAACUUCCGUGUUUUAAAACCAUAAUAUUAUUUGAAAAACCAAAUAAAAUUUUAACUUGGACUAAUAAAUAAGAACUUAAUUAUUAAGUAUAUGGAUAGCGUUUACUAAGAACAGAUAGACUAGUAGGCAGGUUAUAAAUCUUCACUAUACACAAAGUAAAAAAUAAAAACAAACAAUGUCGGAAUAUAAUGAAAAUUUAUCAAGAAAAACAAGGUCCCGGAAUUUAGAACCAGUAGCUAAGAUUGGUUACAUGGAUGGUGCAUCAGAUGGUCAAACUGCUGAGUUUCAAAAUAGUUUCAAUACCGGCUAUGAACAAGGUUUUACAUUUGGUAUACAAUUAGGUGUAAAGGAAGCUAUUUCUAGUUUCAACCCAGACAAGAAAUCACCAGAUUUAGCAGAUCAGCGCAGAAUUAAUUGCCAGAUUUGUACCAAUACAGCAAGUGCUCAAGAUAAUGUAGUUAAUUUAUUUAAUAUUCAACAAGAGAAAAAUACUGAAUACUUAUUAAAAAACGAUAAAUAAUAAUCAUUUGAAGAUUGCAGAAUUGUACAAUUGUGUCCAGUGUAAAGAUGAAGGGACUUCAUAAUUAGAGGUGAAGAAUGUGAUAAUUGUGGUUUUCUCAGGACUAUGACUGUUUUUUAUUUCUGGCAUCAUAAUCAUGGAGACUUAGCUGAAACUAUUGUUAAUAUGUUAUGUUUUUUAUAAAUUAAAUAUUAUGAAAGACAAGGAGAAUGGAUUGAAGAUAGUUUCUCCUAAUGGAGGAAUAUGGACCUUCCACAUAUUGUGAUAGAUUUGAUGGGCAGAUUCUGCCAAUAAUAAUGAAGGUUUAUUUUGUUUUGAAAAGUGUAUUACUUACAACUAUUGGAUAAAUAUCAGAUUUAGAUUAAGACAUAGGUACUAGUUUUAAAAUAAUUAAACAUAAUAUUAAACUUAAUUAUUAACA